AUGGUUAAAAUUAAAAAUUGUGGUUAUUUGCUAAAGUCGGCUGAUGAUACUUUUCCGCAUCAAGUUAAGAAAGUAUUGAUGGAAAGAGAGUGGUCACCUAAGCUUGUUGAUGAUCUUGUUAAAAAAUAUAAUCUAAGCAACUGGCCCCCUGGUAUAUCAGACGAGGAAAUAUGUAAUAAGGAAAAGGAGAGGCUUAUAAAGAACUACAUUUGUAGACGUAUUCCGGGUUUCCUCGAAGACAAUCAAGAAGAAGCAGUAAUCGUGUUAGCUGCUGAUAACCCGCAUAUGCCUGCUGAUACGAUCGCUGAACCUGGAUUUUUGAUGUUUUUAAAAAAGGGAGCGUUGUAUUAUACUAAUGAUGAUAAACUUAAAGGUUUAGAAAAAUGCUUCGAUUUUGUAGAAGUUCUUAGAUGGGAUUUAUUGAUAACAUCACCUGAUAACUCCCUUAUGAGCGCUCAUCAUCAAUUGAUACGGGAAAAUUGGCUCCGUAGGCAUGUGGACGCUAUUACUGGAAGAUAUAGUCAAAGUAGCUGGCCGUCUGGUAUAUCAGGAACACAACUAAAUGAUUACGCAAAGAGGAGUCUUAUAAAACAUUAUAUUUGUAGACGUAUUCCGAGUGUUCUCAGUGGCAAUCAAGAAGAAGCAGUAAUCGUGUUCGCUUCUGAUAAUAAGCAUAUGCGUGCUGAUAUGAUCGCUCAUCCUGGAUUUUUGAUGACAUUCAAACCGGGAGCAUUGGAUUCUUUAGGUUAUGAUGAAUUCAAAAGUGUGCCAGAUACCUUAGAAUCAGUACAAAUUAGUAAAUGGGAUUUGUUGCUAACGUCGCCUGACAAUUGUUUAUGGCAUCAAGUUAAGAAAUUAUUGAUGGAAAGAGAGUGGUCACCUAAGCUUGUUGACGAUCUUGUUAAAAAAUAUAAUCAAAGCAACUGGCCCCCUGGUAUAUCAGACGAGGAAAUAUGUAAUGACGAAAAGGAGAGACGUAUAAAAAAUUACAAUUGUAGGCGUAUUCCGGGUUUUCUCAAAGGCAAUCGAGAAGAAGCAGUAAUCGUGUUAGCUAUUGAUAACGUGCAUAUGCCUGCUGAUACGAUCGCUGAACCAGGGUUUUUGAUGUUUUUAAAUCAGGGAGCGUUGUAUUAUACUAAUGAUGAUAAACUUAGAGGUUUAGAAAAAUGCUUUGAUAUUGUAGAAGUUCUUAGAUGGGAUUUAUUGAUAACAUCACCUGACAAUUCCCUUAUGAGCGCUCAUCAUCAAUUGACACGGCAAAAUUGGCUCCCUAGAAAUGUGUAUUCUAUUAUUGGAAAAUACAGUCAAAAUAACUGGCCAUCUGGUAUAUCGGGCACACAAUUACAUGAUGGCGAAAAGAUGAGUCUCUUAAAAAAUUACAUUUGUAGACGUAUUCCGAGUGUUCUCAGUGGCAAUCAAGAAGAAGCAGUAAUCGUGUUCGCUUCUGAUAAUAUGCAUAUGCCUGCCGAUAUGAUCGCUCAUCCUGGAUUUUUGAUGGCAUUUAAACAGGGAGCAUUGUAUUCUUUAGGUUAUGAUGAAUUCAAAAGUGUGCCAGAUACCUUAGAAUCAGUACAAAUUAGUAGAUGGGGUUUGUUGCUAACGUCGCCUGAUAAUUAUUUAUGGGACCGCGUUAAUUCUCUAUUAUUUAAAAGAAAAAUUCCAUAUCGACUUACAAGGGCUAUUUUAGAAAGAUAUAGUAAAACAAACUGGCCACUUGGUACAUUGAGUGCACUUUUACAAUAUGACGAAGAAAAGAAGAUGCUUUUAAAUAAAUAUGUAUGUAGGCGUAUUCCGGGUGUUCUCAGCGAUAAUCAAGAAGAAGCAGUAAUCGUGUUCGCUUCUGAUAAUACGCAUAUGCCUCUUGACAUGAUUGUUGAGCCAGGAUUCUUGAUGAUGUUCAAUCCGGCAAUUAAUAUGGAAAUUGACAGACCGCACUUUUCCGAUUAUUCAAUACAUGACCUAAUGAAAUGGGUAUAUUAUUUUGAAAAAGUUAAAAUUCAAAAUUGUGGUUAUUUGCUAACGUCGGCUGAUGAUUCUUUUACGCAUCAAGUUAAGAAUGUAUUGAUUAAAAGAAUGUGGUCAACUCAGCUUGUGGACGAACUUGUUGAAAAAUAUAAUCUAAGUACCUGGCCAUCUGGUAUAUCGAGCGAGGAAAUAUGUAAUGAUGAAAAGGAGAGACGUAUAAAAAAUUACAAUUGUAGGCGUAUUCCGGGUUUUCUCAAAGGCAAUCGUGAAGAAGCAGUAAUCGUGUUAGCUAUUGAUAAUCCGCAUAUGCCUGCUGAUACAAUCACUAAACCAGGAUUUAUGAUGUUUUUAAAUCCGGGAGCAAUGUAUUAUAGUAAUGAUGAUGAAUUUGAAUGUGCAGAAAAUUGCUUUGAUAUAGUUGAAGUUCUUAGAUGGGAUUUAUUGAUAACAUCACCUGACAAUUCCCUUAUGGACAGCGUUGAUCAUCAAUUGCUACGGCAAAAUUGGCCCCGUAGUAAUGUAGACGCUAUUACUGGAAGAUAUAGUCAAUGUAGCUGGCCAUCUGGUAUAUCGGGCACACAACUACAUGAUGGCGAAAAGAUAAGUCUAUUAAAAAAAUACAUAUGUAGACGUAUUCCUAGUGUUCUCAGUUGUAAUCAAGAAGAAGCAGUAAUCGUGUUCGCUUUUGAUAAUACGCAUAUGCCUGCCGAUAUGAUCGCUCAUCCUGGAUUUUUGAUGGCAUUCAAACCGGGAGCAUUGUAUUCUUUAGACUUUGAUGAAUUUAAAAGUGUGCCAGAUACCUUGGAGCAAGUAGAAGUUCUUAGAUGGGAUUUGUUGAUAAUGUCGCCUGACAAUGAUUUAUGGGACCGCGUUGAUUAUCUACUGGGGAAAAUAGAUUUUCCAUAUCGACUUACGAGGGCUAUUUUAGAAAGAUAUAAUAUAAAUAGCUGGCCAUCUGGUAUAUCGGGUACACAAUUGCAAUAUAAUGAAGAAAAGAAGAUACUUUUAAAUAAAUAUAUAUGUAGGCGUAUUCCGGGUGUUCUCAGUGAUAAUAAAGAAGAAGCGUUAAUCGUGUUUGCUUCUGAUAAUACGCAUAUGCCUCCUGAUAUGAUUGUUGAGCCAGGACUUUUGAUGAUAUUCAAUCCAGUAAAAAUAUGUUUAAGCAAUGUUGUUGAGAACAUUUUGCUAUCACCAUUUACGAGUCUUACUUUAAAAUAA